UUCUCUUAGCCAUGGCAGAAUUCAGAAACAGCAACUAUAUUCUCCUUUCAGCGACAAUUUUCUUCACGAUCUUCUUUCUGACGCUACUGACAAAUGCAGAUGCAAUCAUUCAUAAUGUUGCCAGUUUUGGCGCAAAGGCAGACGGAAAGACCGAUGCAAGUCCAGCAUUUCUCAAAGCAUGGACUGCUGCUUGUAGUUCUUCCAAACCAUCUAUGAUAUAUGUUCCUCUUAAGAAGUAUCUUAUCGGUCCAACCGAAUUCGUAGGACCAUGUAAAAAUUCGAAUAUUACUUUUCGAAUUGAUGGGAUGCUCAUUGCUCCAGAUUAUAAAAAGAUGAAGUUCUCUGCUCAGCACUGGCUAACUUUUAACUAUGUAAAUGGAAUGUCUAUACUUGGAGGAUUUCUUGAUGGCCGAGGCUCUAGUUUAUAUGCGUGUAAGCUUGCUAGAAAAGAUUGCCCGGCAGGUUCAACGUCGUUUUCCAUCUAUAAUUCGCAUAACAUUAGAGUUGAAAAUCUGAAAUCCCUUAACGCGAAGCUAUACCAUAUCGUUGUUUAUGGAUGCAAGGAUGUCGUAUUAGACGGAAUCCAGAUCCGUGCUCCAGAUGAAAGCCUCAAUACAGAUGGUAUACACAUUCAAAAAGCCUCCAAUGUCCGUGUCUACAACUGCGGUAUAAAGACUGGUGACGACUGUAUCUCCAUUGGUGCUGGUACAAGAGAUUUAUUGAUUCAACGCGUCGCUUGUGGACCUGGACAUGGUAUAAGCAUUGGGAGUUUGGGGCAUCAACUAGAGGAAGACGGUGUGCAGAAUGUGACCGUAAAAAGUGUUGUGUUCACCGGAACGCAAAGUGGAAUGAGGAUCAAAUCUUGGGCAAGACCCAGUAAAGGAUUUGUUAAAGGAGUUUUAUUUAAGAAUGCUAUAAUGAACAACGUUCUAUUUCCAAUUGUUAUCGACCAAAAUUACUGUCCUGGUAUCCAAGGUUGUCCUACCUCGAAUUCAGGGAUACAAAUUAGUCAAGUUACGUACUCGAAUAUCAAAGGAACAUCAGCUACUCAAGUUGCUAUGAAAUUCGAUUGCAGUAAAUCCCACCCAUGCAAAGAUAUCCGUGUUGAAGAUAUCAAACUUGUUUAUCGUCAAGAACAUCAAGAAAGAGAAGGCAAACCACAACAACCAGCUACGUCUUUCUGUCGAAACGUCCACGGGAUAACUCGUGGUUCAGUCUUUCCACCAAGUUGUGUAUAAGGAAUGUCAAUGUUUAUAAAAAUUUG